AUGGUGACGAAAUGUCUGAACAAGAAAAAGCCAGCUACGCGAGAGGACAAAUUGGAUUUACAGAAUGCAUUAAGUGAAUGUGAAAGACAACAUGAGGAAUACAAAGCAGCAAAGGAAGUAGAGCUUAGAAAACUUGAAUCAUCCGAACUUCAACUUAAACAAGAAUUUGAACGUUUACAGAAUAAGCUGAGAAGUUUUGCACAACAAAGUGAAGCUAAAUAUGACCUAGUUUCUGGAAAGGAAACCUUAAGUCCUGAAUACCAGCCAUGUGAUGAACAAUGCAGACAACAAGCACAGAAAUUACAAUGGGAAUGUCAGCAGCUCCAGAAAAAGCUGGAGAAAGCAUGUAGGCAGCUUCAGCAAACUGUUCAUGAGCAUAGUAUUGAAGUACAACAUGUCAAAGAGGAACAUCAAAGAACCAUAAAUAUUUUGCAAAAUGAGAAUGACUAUCUUGUGAGAAGACUUAAAGAAAGUGAAUCAACUGACAGUAAAACAAAUUCUUGUUUACAGGAAAAUUGGAACCCUGAGAAUUCAUGCAAGUUGAUCUCUGCAAAAGGGUUAGAAGAAAUUCGGUGUCAGUAUUUGAGAGCUGUGGACAAAAUCCGAGGAGACAUGAUUCGUUAUAUUCAAGAAAGUAAGAAGCGAGCAGCUGAAAUGAUUCGUGCAGAGGUAUUGAAGGAACGUCAACAAACCGCACGGAAAAUGCGGAAAUAUUACUUGACUUGCCUCCACCAACUCCUAGUAGAUGGUGGGAACAAUGAUGGUGCUGAAAAGAGGAUCAUGAAUGCUGCUAGCAAGUUGGCUGCAAUGGCCAAAGCUUUAGAAACUCCUCUUCCAAAUCGAAAGCGUGAUAAAGCUGAAACCCUGACAGCCUGUCCAAAUAUGAAAAGUUCAAAACAAACUCCAGUCAUUUCUGAGAAUGAUCAAGAGACCAGUGGAUCAAUCCAUGUGCGGGCAAAUCAUGUUGAGAAACCAUCUUCCAAUGAAGACCAGGUCCAGAAAUUCAAAAAGCACACAACAGGCACAGUAUUUAUGCCACGUAAUUUGAACAAUAAUUUAUAUGGUGCAACUGCAGAGAAUGGCAUUUCAGAUGAAGAAUUAUCUACAAGUUAUAAACAAGUUAACAUUCAUAAAAUUGAAGAAACAUCUGAUAUUUUACAAAAAGACACUGCGUUGUUUUAUGAAACAAAAGAUGGUCAUCAGCUGAAUGGUGCAGUGUCAAAAUCCGAGUUUCUCAAAACUGCAAAUCUUGGACAUUUUCAGAAUUUGGCCAAGUACCCUUCCCAAAUGUGUAACAGCAAAGCCCCCACAUUGAACUCUAUUGAUAGUCAUAAGGACAGAACAUCUUUGCAAGUGGCAUGCAAUCAGGAUUGUGUCUUGCCUGCAAAAUGUUUUAUACAUAAUUCAGAAGUAUAUGUCUGUUCCAAACCUAUGACCAGGGCACCAAAUAAUGCGCAAGAAACUCCUGAAAGAGAUGAUGGUGAUUUUGUUACCCAUCUUGAAGCCAUCAGGCCUUGUCAAAUGGACACUUUUAAUUUUAGGCAAGCUGGAGGAAAAGUAUGCCAUGUAGAAGAUUGUAGCACACCUAUAAUACGCAACGAGUCCAGCGGCACUUCCAAGCCACAGUCAGCUACAAAUGGUGCUCCACAAAUGUCACCUUCCAUUUCCUCUGUAACUUCUGAACUUAGCUCUCUUUCUAAUGGAGAACGUGCUUGCUUUUCAAGUAAAACAAUUCCAUUUGUGUCAAGAAUAGACACCAAACAAAUGGAAGAUGUUGCAGAAAGCAGUAUUUCUGCUAUUAACAGGGAUCCAUUGAGUACAAGGACAAAGCCUCAUAAAUAUAUUAAGUGCACUGAGCCUGAACAGGAACUAGCACUGAAUGGCUGGACAACAAAGAUGAACAAACUUUCCCAUCAGAAGUAUCUGUCACAUUUGAUCCCCAAUACAGACACUAUUCAGCAGGACAGUGGAUUUGACAGUCCGUUUUUUCAUUAGUCAAAAAGUGCAAUGUUACAAACAAAUCCUUCAUUUUUAAGAUACCUUUAAUGUCACUGAACUAAUUGAGCUCUUUUCAUUUAUCUGUCGCUGGUAUUAAGGAUUCAUGAUUUUGCAUAAAUUAUGCCUGAUGUAAAAGGUUUGUAAUUUUAAAAGUUGCACAUAUUUAUGUUUCUAAAAACUAUUUUUGUACCUCAAACUGAUUUGUUUUCCUGUUUGGUUUGUAUGUUUAGAUGUUUUUUGGGGAUAAAAUUUUUAUUUUGAUACAAUGCUAAUAAAAUGUUCUUGGACUUUUUCUUAAGAAAAGAUUUGGUUCGGAAGUAGUUUAAAUCCUUGAAGCAGUAUGUUGGGCCAAGAUCUUUCAGAUGGUGGACUUGCCUAUCCCACUGCCCUAAGUAUUUGUAGGGAAUGCUUUCUUGUUGAUGCUGGCUGCUGCAUAGCCAUUUAACAUUUUAGGCAUUUAAUAAAUGCUAUUUCCAACCCUCACUGGUGUGGAAGGUGAGGCCCUGCCUCAGGAAAGCCACCAGCUGAUUUGCUUAACUGGGAACUCAGUACCAGUAAUUCAAUGGCCUGGACUGGGACUACAACCAUUCCCCAAAUCCUAUGGCCUGGGAUCUGGAACCAGUUAAGUGGAGUGAUCUUGCGGAGAGUCAAGUCCCAAGGAUUU